AAGCCUCCGGACUUGAAACCGGUCAUUCGCAGCUCUAGGGACAACUAUCGUUUCACCCAGUGUGAUUUUGAGGACGACUCCAAACCCCUCUGUGACUGGUCCCAAGUGUCUGCAGAUGACGGAGACUGGGUUCGAGCCAGCGGGCGCUCCCUUACUGGCAUCACCGGGCCUCCCGGGGGGUACCCCAAUGGAGAGGGCAGCUACCUGCACAUGAAAGCCAACGACUUCCACCGGGGCGGAGUGGCCCGCCUGCGCAGCCCUGAUCUGUGGGUGCAAGGCCCCCUCUGCGUGCGUUUUGCCUACCACAUGUUCGGGCUGUCGUGGGGCGCCCAGCUCAGACUGCUGCAGCUCUCAGGCACGCUGGGCAGCCGCCCCAACGUGCUCUGGAAACACACGAACACCCAGAGCCCCUCUUGGGUACCAACUGCUGUCACAGUGCCUGCAGGGCUCGCUCUGCCCCUCCAGCUGAUGUUUGAGGGAACGAGGGGCAGUACUGCUUACCUGGACAUCGCCCUGGACGCCGUCUCCGUGGAGCAGGGUUCCUGCAGCCGGGUCUGCAUGAUGCAGAUGUGCAGUUUUGACAUUCAAAACGAUCUCUGUGGCUGGAGCUGGAUUCCAACACUCUCUGGGGCCAAGUGGACCCAGAAGAAGGGGCCAUCAGGGAAGACAGGCGUCGGGCCUGAUGACGACUUCUCUAACCCUGGUAGUGGCUACUACAUGCUCCUGGAUCCCAAGGAUGCAAAGCCAAAGCAGAAAGCUGUCCUCCUGAGCCCCGCGAGCCAGUCCUCCGGCUGUCUGAGCCUUUCCUUCCACUACACCCUGCGGGGCCAGUCUCCUGGUGCAGCCCUCCACGUUUAUGCUUCAGUCCUGGGCAGCAUCCGGAAACACAGUCUCUUCUCGGGACAGCCUGGACCCAACUGGCAGCCUGCUUCUGUCAAUUACACAGCUCAGGGACAGAUACAGUUCACCGUGGUGGGCGUGUUUGGAAAGAUCCCAGAGCCGGCGGUGGCAGUAGAUGCGAUCAGCAUUGCUCCCUGUGGGGAGAGCUUUCCUCAGUGUGACUUUGAAGAUGAUGCUCACCCCUUCUGCGACUGGGUCCAGAUUUCGAGGAAUGGUGGUCACUGGGCCCGGGGACCUGCCCACAGCACAGGCCCCUCAGAUUUCCCUGAUGCAGGGGGUCACUAUAUCUACCUCGAGGCUGAUAAGUUCUCCCAGCCAGGACAGUCUGUCAGUCUGCAGAGCCGGCCCUUCUGUGCCCCGGGUGACAUCUGUGUGGAGUUCGCUUACCACAUGUAUGGUCUUGGGGACGGCACUACACUCAGGGUCCUGUUGGGGAGUCCCGUGGGCAGCACCCCGGUUUCUCUCUGGAGCCGCAUUGGGUCUCAGAGGCCUUACUGGCAGAACGUCUCAGUCACCAUCCCUUCAGGAUAUCAUCAGCCCAUGCAGCUACUUUUUAAGGCCAUCAGGGGUAGCAACACUGCCUUUAUCGUUGCCGUGGGUUUCAUCUCGAUCAAUCACGGGACUUGUCUAGCACCAGCACCCACAGUGCUUCCGACCGAAUCUCCAGCUCCCUCUACUGGCCCUUCUGAAACCAUUGGCCUCACAGAAAAACCCACCAUCUCCAUAGAGAAACCUACAGUCCCCACUGAAGAGACUACCAUCUCCGCUGAAAAACCCACUGUCCCCACAGAAAAACCGACUGUCCCCCCGGAAAAGCCCACUCUCCCCACGGAAGAGCCCGCCACCCCCACGGAAGAGCCAACUACCCCCACUGAAAAUCCCACUGUCCCCACAGAAAUACCUACGACCCCUCCUGAAGAGACCACUGUUCCCACAGAAAAGCCUCCCAUUCUCACUGAAAAACCCACUGUCCCCACAGAGACACCCAUCCCUACUGAAGAGCCCACCCUCCCCACAACAGAGCCUACUACUGUCCCCACUGAAAAUCCCACUCUUCCCACAGAAAAACCCACCAUUCCCACUGAAGAGACCACCCUCCCCCCAGAGGAGACUGCCAUCCCCACUGAAAAACCCGCUGUCCCUACAGAGAAAUCCACUGUCCCCACUGAAGAGACCAUUCUCCCCACAGAAGAGCCUACCAGCCCUACUGAAAAACCCGCUGUCCCCACUGAAGAGACCACUAUCCCCACAGAAAAACCCACCACUCCCACAGAAAUAUCCAUCGCCCCUACUGAAGAGGCCACCAUCUCCACAAAAAACCCCACCAUCCCUCCUGAAAAGCCCACGGUCCCCACUGAGAAACCCAUAAUCUCCACGGAAGAGCCCACUGUUUCCACUAAAAGACCCUCUGUCCCCACUGAAAAACCUACUGUCCCCCCUGAAAAGCGUACCAUCUCCACAGAAAAACUCACAGCCACCCCGCCACCCCACCCUAGCCCAACACCCAUUGGACCAGCAGUCUUGGUGACGACACCAAGUGCUCCAAUGGUCUCCAUGACAAGUGUGAACCCGGUCACCGUCACAACCCCUGGACCUACUACAGAGAACUGCCCCCCAGAUGCCCACAAUGAAUCCUGCGCCUGCCCUGCGUCCUGCGAGAACCCCAGGCCCAGCUGUGAGUUCCCCUGCCGGGGGGGCUGUGUCUGCAAUCCUGGCUUUUUGUUAAAUGACAGCCAUUGCAUCAAUGCCUCUUCCUGCAGUUGCUUCUACCACAACAACUCCUAUGAGCCUGGGACAGAGUGGUUCAACCCCAACUGCACAGAACGUUGCCACUGCUGGCCUGGUGGUAGGAUUGAGUGCCAGACCUCACAGUGUGAGACAAACACAGUGUGCCAGCCGAAGAAUGGCCAGUAUGGAUGCCAUGCCUAUGCAGGCACUGCCACCUGCUUGGUCUAUGGAGACCCUCAUUAUGUCACCUUUGAUGGGAGGCACUUUGGCUUCAUGGGUAGAUGCACCUACAUCUUGGCCCAACCCUGUGGCAACUCAACAGAUCCAUUCUUUAGGGUGACGGCGAAGAAUGAGGAAUGGGGACAGGAAGGCGUGUCCUGCCUGAGCAAAGUCUACGUGACCCUGCUGGAGACCACCAUCACCCUACUCAAGGGCAGACGUGUGCUGGUAGCGGGUCAGCAAAUCACCCUCCCAGCCAUGCCUUCCAAAGGCGUCUUCCUGGGUGCCAGUGGGCGAUUUGUGGAGCUGCAGACGGAGUUUGGACUGCGGGUGAGAUGGGAUGGCGACCAGCAGCUGGAUGUGACUGUGUCCAGCAUCUACUUUAACAAACUCUGCGGUUUCUGUGGAAACUAUGACGGCAACGGUGACAACGACCACCUGAAACCGGACGGCAGCCCAGCACGAGACGAGGAGGAGCUGGGGAACAGCUGGCAGACAGCCGAGGACGAGGACCGGGAGUGCCAGCAUACCCGGGUGAAUCUCCCGUCCUGCGACUCAGCUUUGCAGAACAGCAUGUCGGGGCCAGAGUUCUGUGGACAGCUGGUCGACACCCACGGCCCAUUUGCGACCUGUCUGCUUCACCUGAAGGCCGCCUCCUUCUUUGACAACUGCCUGUUUGACAUGUGCAGCUUCCAGGGGCUACAGCACAUGCUGUGUGCUCAUAUGUCGGCCAUGACCUCGGCCUGCCAGGACGCUGGCUACGCCGUGAAGCCCUGGAGGAAACCCCACUUCUGCCCUCUGGCCUGCCCACCCAACAGCAGGUACUCGCUGUGUGCCAAGCCAUGCCCUGACACCUGCCGUUCAGGGUUCUCCGGCACGUUCUGCCCAGACCGGUGCGUGGAGGGCUGCGAGUGCAACCCUGGCUUCGUCCUCAGUGGCCUCGAGUGUGUCCCCCGCACCCAGUGUGGGUGCCUCGACCCCACGGGGAACUACUUCAAGGUUGGGCAGCAGUGGUACAAGCCAGGCUGCAAACAGCUCUGUGUCUGUGAAGGCAACAACAGUAUCGUCUGCCACCUCUGGGGGUGCAGAGCCCAGGAGGUCUGCAGCCAGCAGGAUGGCGUCUACAGCUGCCACGCCCGAGGUUAUGCCACCUGCACUGUCUCGGGUGACCCCCACUACCUGACAUUCGACGGAGCCCUCCACCAUUUCAUGGGCACCUGCACCUACAUCCUGACUCGCCCUUGCUGGUCCAGGCCCCAAGAAAACUACUUUGUUGUGAGCACCACAAACGAGAACCGCGGGGGGAACUUAGAGGUCUCCUUCGUCAAAGCCGUCCACGUGAAUGUCUUCAACCUCAGAAUCUCGCUGCUCAAAGGCUGCAGGGUCAUGCUGAACGACCGUCGGGUGGCCCUGCCUGUGUGGCCGGCGCAAGGCCAAGUGUCCAUAAGGCCCAGCGGCUCCUCUGUCCUCCUCUACACAAACUUCGGUCUCCGGAUCCGCUAUGACGGGAACCAUUUGGUGGAAGUGACCGUCCCCUCCUCCUACGCUGGCCGGCUCUGCGGAAUGUGUGGGAACUACAAUAACAACAGCUUGGAUGACAACCUGCGCCCGGAUAGAAAGAUUGCGGGCAACUCCAUCCAGCUGGGGGCCUCUUGGAAGUUAUCUGAGUCCUCUGAACCUGGCUGUUUCCUCAUGGGUGGCAAGCCCUCCAGCUGCCAGGAAAACGGCAUGGCAGACGCCUGGAAUAAGAACUGUGAGAUCUUAACGGACCCUCAGGGACCCUUCUCUAAGUGCCACCAGGUGGUGUCCCCGCAGUCCAGCUUUGCCAGUUGCCUGCAUGGCCAGUGUGGGACCAAAGGCGACACCACAACCCUGUGCCGCUCCCUGCAGGCCUAUGCGGCCCUCUGCGCCCAAGCUGGCCAGGCUCCUGCCUGGCGGAACAGAACUUUCUGCCCUCGGAAGUGUCCACCUGGCAGCACCUACAGCCCCUGUGCCAGCCCCUGCCCGGCCACCUGCCUCAGCGUGAGCACCCCAGGGGACUGCCCAGCGGUGCUGCCCUGUGCCGAGGGCUGCGAAUGUCAGAAGGGCCACAUUCUGAGUGGAACCUCCUGCGUGCCCUUUGGCCAGUGUGGCUGCACUGACUCAAGGGGCUUCUACCACCUGGUGGGAGAAAGCUGGUACACAGACAGCGCCUGCACCAGGCUCUGCACCUGCUCCGUCUACAACAACGUCACCUGCCACCCAACCACCUGCAAACCCACCCAGAUGUGCUGGCCCCAGGAUGGAUUGCUCCGCUGCCGGGCCUCAGGUAUGGGAGUGUGUCAGCUGUCAGGGAAAUUCCAGUAUGUGAGCUUUGAUGGCAGGAACCAUUCCAUCCAGGACACCUGCCCGCAUGUCCUGAUGAAAGUGUGCCACCCCACCAUUGAUCUGACUUUCUUCAAGAUCAGUGCCAAGAACGAGAAGCAGGAAGGUGGAACCGAGGCUUUCCACCUUCACCAGGUCUACAUUGACAUCUCCAGUUCCCAGAUCAUCCUGCAAAAGAACCACCAUGUUCUGAUCAAUGACAAACAGGUCACCCUUCCCGCGGUCUCCCAGAUCCCGGGGGUCCGGGUCACAUCCAGCGGCAGCUACACCUUGGUCAACUUUAGGAUUGGAGUGCAAGUCAAGUUUGACGGAAAUCAUUUCUUAGAGAUUCAAAUCCCUGCAGCCUAUUAUGGAAAGGUCUGCGGUGUAUGCGGGAAUUUCAACGGCGAGGAAGAGGAUGAGCUAAUGAUGUCCAGUGAUGAACUCACCCAGAGUGAUGGCGAAUUUGUGAACAGUUGGAAGGAUAAGGAUAUCGACCCAAAUUGUCAGAACAUCCAAGUAGUUGACCAGCAGAUCCAAACAGAACCGCCAGAGAACCUGAGUGGAAAUUGCAGACCAGCUGACUUUGACAGGGCCCGGGAAAAAUGUGAGGCAGCCCUCGGGGCUCCCACCUGGGCCCAGUGUGCCUCCCGUGUGGUCCUCAAGCCCUUCCUGGUGGGCUGCACAAACAACCUCUGUGAGUUUGGAGGCUUACACAGUGCCCUCUGCGAGGCUCUGCAAGCCUUCGGAGCCGCCUGCCAGAGCCAGGGGCUCAAACCCCCACUCUGGAGGAAUAGCAGCUUCUGCCCUCUGGAGUGCCCCACCUACAGCAGCUAUACCAACUGCCUUUCCUCCUGCCCACCGUCAUGCUGGGACCUGGACGGCCGGUGCGAGGGCGCCAAAGUCCCCACCUCCUGCGCUGAGGGCUGCAUUUGCCAGCCCGGCUAUGUGCUGAAUGAGGACAAGUGUGUGCCCAGAAGUCAGUGCGGCUGCAAGGACGCCCAGGGCGGCUCCAUCCCCCCGGGCAAGACCUGGAUCUCCAGUGGCUGCACUGAGAACUGUGUCUGCACAGCGGGAGCCAUUCAGUGUCGGGACUUCCGAUGCCCCUCUGGGUCUCACUGCCAGCUCAACUCUGACAACAGCAACAGCAUCUGUGCACCCGAUAAGUCGGACCAAUGCUCAGUCUUCGGGGACCCUCAUUACCGCACGUUUGACCGCCUCAGCUACCGCUUCCAGGGCCAAAUGUCCUACAUUCUCAUCAAGACCGUAGACGUGCUCCCCGACGGGGUGGAGCCCUUGCUUGUGGUGGGGCGCAACAAGGUGUAUCCACCCUGGAGCCCCAUCUUCUUGCAUGAAGUGAUUACAACCGUCUACGGCUAUAAAGUCCAGCUCCAAGCUAGCCUGGAGCUUGUGGUCAACAACCAGAGAAUGGCCGUCCCCUACAGGCCUGACGAGCACCUGCGGGUCACCCUGAGCGGCCAGCGGCUGUAUCUGGUCACCGACUUCGAGCUGGUCGUCAGCUUCGACGGAAGGAGAAAUGCAGUGAUCUCCCUGCCCAGCAUGUACCAAGGUCUGGUGCGGGGCCUGUGUGGGAACUACGACGAGAACCGCAAGAACGAGAUGAUACUGCCCAGCGGAGCCCUGACGCAGAACCCCAACACCUUCGGCAACAGCUGGGAGGUGAAGACAGAGGACUCCCUCCUCCGCUUCCCCAGGGCCACACCAGAGGAGGAAGUGGGAGAAGGAGGAGAGCCCGGCUUCCGUGCGUCAGAAUGCAGCCCGCUGCAGCUGGCACUCAACAGCACCCGAGCCUGCGGGGUGCUGGUGGACCCCCAGGGCCCCUUUGCUGCCUGUCACCAGACAGUGGCCCCAGAGCCCUUCCAAGAGCACUGCGCGCUGGAUCUGUGCUUGGCCCGGGACCCCAGAGAGCAAGAGGAGCGGCGUUGCCAGGUCCUCAGCGGCCUUGGCGUGUCCCGCUAACACCGUGUAUCAGAGCUGUAUGACGCCCUGCCCAGCUUCCUGUGCCAACCUGGCAGCCCCCAGGGACUGUGACGGCCCCUGUGUGGAAGGCUGCGCCAGCAUCCCCGGCUAUGCGUACAGCGGCGCCCAGAGCCUCCGCUGGCCCACUGCGGCUGCACCAGCAAAGGCGUUUACUACCAGCUGGGCGACAGCUUUGUGACGGAGGAUUGCUCUCAGCGCUGCACCUGUGCCAGCUCGGGGGUCCUACAGUGUGAGCGCUUUGGCUGCAGCUCUGGGGAGACCUGCUCCCUGGGGAACCACACCCGUGGCUGCUUCCGAGAAAGCCCCUGCCUACGGAACCCCUGUCAGAAUGACGGGCAGUGUCGGGAACAGGGAGCCAGCUUCACCUGCGAGUGUGAACUUGGCUAUGGGGGAGACCUCUGCACGGAGCCUCGGGACGCCCCACCCCGCAGAAAGCCAGCAUCUAACUUUGUGGUUGUCCUAUUGGGAAUACUCGUGCCCAUGGUGGUCAUACUGCAGGCAGUGGCCAGAAAGUGCAUUUACAGAAUGAAGAGGAGAAGGGAGAAAAUGGAGAGCCAGAACAAAGAUAGGUUGGCCAGCCUGGUAGACACAGAUAUUGUUCCGGGCUGUGUCUUCUGA